CCAAAAAAAAAAAGAAGAAAGAGAAAUCGAUUUCUCUCUCUAACUAUAUAUGUAUAUAUAUAUAUAUAUAUGCACAGAAAAAUAUGGCUGGUCUUGGUCUCUAGAGAAUUCUCUGAAGGGGGAAGAUGAAGAGGGUCUGAUCUCUCUCAUCUCGGCUUGCCCCUUUAGACCAGACCUUUCUUCUAGGCUCUCCCUUCUUCUUAUCUUCGCGGCUAGUUGAUGGGUUCCGUGUGCCACUGCCCAAAGAUGUAGCCGAAAAACAGAGCUGCCCCAUACAUAUAUAAACACGUCCUCCUGGCAGUUGCCUCCCCCGUUCUGGUUGGCGGGUAUGUGAAAUUUUUCGGCGAGGAGCUGAUUAGGAGUAAGCUGUGAAGAGGGUCUAGCUUCGAUCCGCGUAAUUUGUCGACACGACAACAAAUCGGGCCCUGGUCUUGAAUCAAUCGUUGUUGGUUGCUCUGUUUCGAGAGAGAGAGAGAGAGAGAGAGAGGAGGGGGGGUGUAUAAGAAGCUUUUCCGGAACAAAUGGCCGGCGAGGAAGAGAAAGGCGGCGACUUCUACGCCGUAUUGGGGCUGAAGAAGGAAUGCACCGCGUCGGAGCUCAGAGAUGCUUACAAGAAGUUGGCGCUGAGGUGGCACCCCGACCGGUGCUCGGCGUCGGGAAAUUCGAAGUCGGUGGAGGAAUCAAAGAAGAAAUUCCAGGCCAUUCAACAUGCCUACUCUGUGUUAUCCGACGCGAACAAAAGGUUUAUGUACGACGUCGGAGUCUACGAAAGCGAUGAUGACGAAACGGACAUGGGUGAAUUCUUUAAUGAGAUGGCUGUCAUGAUGAGCCAGACAGAGUCCAAUGAAAACGGAGAGGAAAGCCUCGAGGAGCUGCAAGAGCUGUUCCAUGAGAUGCUCCAAGGGGACAAUAUGGAGUCAUUUGCUUCCACAUCUCAAACGUGUUUUUCCAACAACACUGUAUAUACCACUUCAUCGUCUACGUCUUCAUAUGUGUCAUACCGGGCAGGUUCCGCCUCAAGCAGUAAGCGGAAUUCCAUGGAGAUGAGUAGAGGGAAUGGUGAGAGCUCCUCUGGCUUCGAUUGCCACUUCAAGGAUUUUUGCUUCGGGACAGAUGGAGGAGGGGCGAGGUCUCAAGAAGCGAAAGCUGGGAACCGGAGGAGGAACUCCCGAACCCAUAGCCGGAGAUAAAUGGAUCAGGGCCCGGUGAGAGUUCUAAGGUUCAUUCAAGACACAGUAUCCCCGGAGAUUUACAAGGUCCAUGACCAGUGGGGGAUACCUGCUCGUGUUUAGCCUUGCAUUAGUGAGCCGAAAGGUGGUUGUAUGCCGUUCCCCAGCUUUUGGAGAUGACACCGAAGGCGAUGACUCGAUUGGAUCGACCUUCCCUUCUUUGUACUUAUCGAUUAGUUGAGAAGAGGAUAAUCGAGUUGAAUGUAGCCUCAGCUUGCCAUGUAAAAUCUGUGGAAUGUUGCCACAAUGUUAAGUCUCAAGGGUGAAAUUUUGAUUCUAAUCGUUGAUUGAAAUACUGACCUGAGCAUUACAUCAA